UGUUAUGCGGAGCGUGCCCAUAACCAUGAUGGCCGCUCAGCGACUUCCGGUGUACCGGCCGUCAGCUGGGGAUUGGUCCGCAGCGCGCCUGCGUCACUGUAUCCGUGCAGCUUGUUUAUCUGUGACUGGGAUCGGGCAGGCUGGUCACAAUGUCUGGUUUUUUUGACGCCAUGCGCUGUUCAGAGUGCAUAGACUGGGGAGAAAAGAGAAACACAAUUGCUUCUAUUGGAGCCGGAGUACUUUUUUUCACAGGUUGGUGGAUCAUCAUUGAUGCUGCUGUUAAAUAUCCUAAUGAAAAACAACUGCAUCACUCAUACCAUGCCUGCGGGGUCAUAGCGACUGUAGCAUUUUUAAUGAUAAAUGCAGUGUCCAAUGGCCAAGUUCGUGGUGACAGCUAUAGCGAGGGAUGUAUGGGACAAACAGGUGCUCGAAUUUGGCUUUUCUCAGGUUUUAUGUUGGCCUUUGGCUCUCUGAUUGCUUCCAUGUGGAUACUGUUUGGUGGUUAUGUAGCCCAAAAUGCUGAAGUGGUGUAUCCCGGUAUAGCUGUUUUUUUUCAAAAUGCUUUUAUAUUUUUUGGGGGACUGGUUUUCAAGUUUGGUCGGACUGAAGAUUUAUGGCAAUAAAUGUUACCCAAAAUAUCACUUUGCACAUUUUCUAAUACACAUUCCCAGUAAACUUAUACACUCAUUGACAAAAAAAUAAUGUACCCAGAUAGCAACGUUGGAUUGCUGUAAAACAUUACAUACAGUUAUGUCUAAGGCAAAUAUGUAAACAAGUACAGCCGUGGUCUGCUUAGAUGCUCAGUCUUGCUCCAAUAGGGUGUAGAAAUGCACCCCUUGCUACUUUUAGGGCAUGUUACUCUUGGUGAAAGAUUGACUGGUAGACAUGCACUACACUUUGUUCACUUGACGGUCUUGUAGGUCACAUCAUUGGACUGAUAGAAGCAGUAUGGUCAUUUCGACAUAUUGCCUGCCAUUUAUGCUGUUCUGGCUAAGCCACUAGGAGGUGUGGGGAUCAGUUAUAAUGUGAGGGCACGCACACACAGUAAACAGGCUCCGGCCGUCCCAGGCAGAUUACCAUUAGAGAGAGGGUCGAUCUGCCAACAAGAACAAGCAGUUUAGUUGUUUACCGUUUUGUUGUUGUUGGCCACCAUCCAGACACAGGGUGUGCCUGGACCAUUUGAAAAUGCUUAGCAGAAGCAAAUUUGGUAUUGAACCACCCAUUACAUGUUCUGGAAUUGGCAACCAUCCGCUGUUUCCUUAUUUUACAGUGGUGUCCUGAACGAGAAACCUAGACUACGACGGACUGGAACCGUAUAGUCUAGUGUUGAAUCAAGGUUUUGUUUAGGAUCCCACAGUGGUCGGGUUUGAGUUUGGAGGCCUCAUGUGGGCAUCAAUCCUGCCUUUGCUGUUGAGCAACACACAGCUUCAUCUGCUGGAGUGAUGAUCUGGCACCCCUGGUAGUGAUACUGGGGAUGUGCAGAACAUCCUGUUGGCUACAUGUGCUGCCUCAUAUGGUAGGGACUACACAACACAGAAAUUUCUCCACCAGAUUGCAACACUUUCUUGGCCUGCCUAGUCGCCAGAUUUAAUGCCAUUCAAGCAUUUAUGAGACCGACUGGGACAACAUUUUUGGCAGCCUACAAGUGUGCAGGAUGUACAGGUCCAGCUGAAACAUCUGUACAAACAUGUGCCAUAGGAUGCCAUACCGAACCUGUAUGCUUCUAGGCCCAACUGUAUCUCAUCUUGUAUCCAGGCUAGAGGUGGCUCAAUAUAUUUAUCCUUUUGCUAUAAUAUUGUAAUAACUUACACCAUCAUUACAGUUACACAUUAAAACUACUGUUUUACUUGAGGCCAACAACUCCUUGGUGCAUUAUUUUAUUUUCUGCCAGUGAGUGUAUAAGACCUUUUUAAGACCCCAGACUCUUUGCUACUCAUGAAUGUUGAAUAAAUACAUUUAUUGCAAGUUGUUAACUUUAUGCAAAUCUUUGCAUUUUGUGUUUAAAAUACUCUCUUGAGUCUAUUUGUGGUUUUUGUAAGAAAAAUAAAAGAAGCGUUUAAUAAAACUUGUGUUUAAAAAUGG